AUGACAUCACGGCAUCAGCACAAAAGACGCGAAACAGUCAUAGCACAAAUCACCUAUGACAUCGAACCGGGCGGCGAUGCUGAGAUUGUUUUGAAAUUCGGCAACGUCAACACAAGGUCGAUCGUACCGUACAUCGAUAGGGGCGACGUAGAUGGGUACCGUGACCCGUUCUAUGAUGGCGACCAUGAUCUAUUUUUCAAUAAUCCAACCCUCGAUGGAAGAUACGUCGCCUUUGACCUUGAUGAAGGCCCAGAUCCUGAUGGAGAGAUCCGGGUUGAGGUUCGAAUGCGCGUCUCCUCCCGACACCUGAUUCUUGCCUCUCGUAUGUUCCGCGCCAUGUUAGAGGGAACGUGGAGCGAAAAUUCCUCUUCUGUCUCUGCAUCUGGUCAUCGUCAGGUUAUUGCUAAGUUCUGGGACCCCGCUGCCUUUGCAAUUGUACUGGAUGCCAUUCAUGGACGCUAUAACGUUAUACCAGAGAAUAUCAACAUUGGACUUCUGGCCCGAAUCGCUGUUAUAGUCGACUACUACGCAUUGCACGAGUGCCUGUGA